GCAGGGACCGGCGGUUUGUGCGGAGGCCGCGCGCCAGCGCUGAGGAGCCGCGAUGGCGCAGAGGAGGCGCAGCAAGGGGCCCGGCCCCUCCCAGGGGGAAUUGCUGGCCGCCGAGGAGGACUUCGCGCCGACCCAGAGCGCCAGCCAGGUGCAGCGGAGCCUGGAGAGACUCUCGCCGGCCCAGGUGGAUCAGAAGGUGAGCGAAUUGGUGCAGUACCUGCUCGUCAAGGAUCAGAAGAAAAUCCCCAUCAAACGGGCAGAUAUCCUGAAAAAUGUCAUCAAAGACUACAGAGGCGUCUAUUCUGAGAUCAUUAAGCGAGCCGGCAGGACCCUCCAGCAGGUUUUUGGGCUGCAGCUGGUGGAGAUAGACCCCAAGCAUCAUAUCUACAUCCUGGUCAGCAACCUGCCACGCCUGGAAGUGGAGAACCUGAAACAGGAUGAUUGCACAGCAAAGCUGGGCCUCCUCACUGUCAUCCUCAGCUUCCUCUUCAUGAAGGGCAAUGCUGCUAAAGAAUCUGCUGUGUGGGAGAUGUUGAGGAGACUGCGAGUUGACCCUGGAGUGAGACACGAGGUCUUUGGGGAUGUCAAGAAGUUGGUGACUGAGGAAUUUGUCCGCCAAAAGUACCUGGAAUACAACCGCAUACCCCACACAGAUCCACCCGAGUUUGAGUUCCAGUGGGGGGCACGGGCUGUCAAGGAGACCUCCAAGAUGCAGAUCCUGCGCUUCGUUGCCAAGAUCCAAAACAAGGACCCCAGGGCCUGGAGCACCCAGUACACUGAGGCGGCAGCUGAGGAGGCAGCUGUGGGGGGCCUGUUCCAAGACGUUAACACCCCUGGAGACACUGGUGGGGCCAGCCAGGGGGCACGGAGGAGGACCUGAAAUGGACUGCAAUCCUGCUGGCCGCCAGCAGGAGCCGCUGGACCCAGCUGAGCCCUGUUUGCACACAGAAGACACUGCAGCGGUGAGGAUGACCAGGGGAGAGAGCAGAGUGUUUCUGGCAAUUGCAGUUCCCUGCAUGCCCCGAGGGAAGAAGGCGGCGGCAUGCAGGAAACUCUGCACAAGCCUGGGACCCAGCAACAGGCUGUUUCUCCCUCUGGAUCCCUGGCCAGUAGGGGGCUGGUGUCUGGGCUGGGAGGGCCACUGCUGGGCUCUGGGUGGUAGGGGGAUGGGUGUCUGGGCUGGGGGGCCACGGCUGGGCUCCACAAGAGGGGGGUUGCUGUCCGGUCUAGGGGGGCACAGCUGGUCUUGGGAGGGGCCUGGGGGUGGGUCACAGUU